GGUACACUUGCCACGCCGCCGCCCAGCACUGCAGCACUCGGGGGGAGGAGGCGGAGGCGGAGGCGGAUGAGGACCGCAGCGUGCAAGCCCGAAGCCACUUUCCCGCCCCUCCUCUCGCCGCUGACAACGCUUGUAGGAGUCACCACUCUUCGCGCUGCGGGAGAGAGUGGCAGACGGAGGCGGUCCCUGGGAGCGAGCCGGAGCGACGCCCGCACGGCAGCGGAUGCAGCGCUGACACUAACCAGGGCAAGGGUACCUGGUGGCUGGAGGCACCGUUUUGAACCCAAAGUGGAAGAUGUUGUGAGGGCUGACUAGAGUCUGUGAAAAGCUGCCGUCUCCUCAUUGGCCAUCAGUUGAGAUAAGAUGGAAGACUCUUACAAGGAUAGGACUUCCCUGAUGAAGGGUGCCAAGGACAUUGCCAAGGAGGUGAAGAAACAAACAGUAAAGAAGGUGAAUCAAGCAGUGGACCGGGCCCAGGAUGAGUACACUCAGAGGUCCUAUUCUCGGUUCCAGGAUGAAGAGGAGGAUAAUGACUGUUCCCCGCCCGGAGAAGCCUAUGACGCAGAGGCCAACGACGGGGAAGGCUCCAGCGACGCUACUGAGGGCCACGACGAAGACGACGAGAUCUACGAAGGGGAGUAUCAGGGAAUCCCCGGCGUGACCCAGGGGAAAGACAGCAUCGUGUCGGUGGGGCAGCCCAAGGGCCAUGAGUACAAGGACCGCCGGGAGCUGGAGUCAGAGAGGAAAGCGGACGAGGAGGAACUAGCCCAGCAGUACGAGCUGAUCAUCCAGGAGUGCGGUCACGGCCGCUUCCAGUGGGUCCUCUUCAUCGUCCUGGGCAUGGCCCUGAUGGCAGACGGCGUGGAGGUGUUUGUCGUCGGCUUUGUGCUGCCUAGCGCUGAGACAGCCCUCUGCAUACCAAAUUCCGGAUCGGGAUGGCUAGGCAGCUUAGUGUACCUCGGGAUGAUGACAGGGGCAUUCUUCUGGGGAGGCCUGGCAGACAAAGUGGGAAGGAAACAGUCUCUUCUGAUAUGCAUGUCGGUCAACGGAUUCUUUGCCUUCCUUUCUUCAUUUGUCCAAGGUUAUGGCUUUUUCCUCUUUUGCCGCUUACUUUCUGGAUUCGGGAUUGGAGGAGCCAUUCCCACUGUGUUCUCCUACUUUGCUGAAGUGCUGGCCCGAGAGAAGCGGGGUGAGCAUCUGAGCUGGCUCUGCAUGUUCUGGAUGAUCGGUGGCAUCUAUGCCUCUGCCAUGGCCUGGGCCAUCAUCCCACACUAUGGCUGGAGCUUCAGCAUGGGGUCUGCCUACCAGUUCCACAGCUGGCGUGUGUUCGUGAUCGUCUGUGCUCUUCCCUGUGUCUCCUCAGUGGUGGCCCUCACGUUCAUGCCUGAAAGCCCACGGUUCUUGUUGGAGGUUGGAAAGCAUGAUGAAGCUUGGAUGAUUCUGAAGUUAAUUCAUGACACAAACAUGAGAGCACGGGGUCAGCCUGAGAAGGUCUUCUCGGUAAACAGAAUCAAAACCCCAAAACAAAUAGAUGAACUGAUAGAAAUUGAGAGUGACACAGGAACAUGGUACAGGAGGUGUUUUGUUCGCAUUCGCACAGAACUCUACGGGAUUUGGCUGACUUUUAUGAGAUGUUUCAACUACCCUGUCAGAGAAAACACAAUAAAGCUUACAAUUGUUUGGUUCACCCUGUCCUUUGGGUACUAUGGAUUAUCUGUUUGGUUCCCUGACGUCAUUAAACAUUUGCAGCUGGACUCACUGGUAAUAAAACAAGUGGCAAGAGAGAAGUAUACAAAUUUCACUGUUAACUAUACAGUGGAAAAUCGGGUGCAAAUCGCAAUGGAAUUCGACAAUGGCAGAUUCCAAGGGGUCAAGUUCAAAUCUGUAACUUUCAAAGAUACAGUUUUUAAGUCCUGCACCUUUGAAGAUGUGAUUUCACUCAACACCUACUUCAAGAACUGCACAUUUAUUGAUACUGUUUUUGACAACACAGAUUUUGAGGCAUAUAAAUUCAUUGACAGCAAAUUUCAAAACUGCUCAUUCUUUCACAAUAAGACGGGAUGCCAGAUUACCUUUGAGGAAGACUAUGGUGCCUACUGGAUUUAUUUUGUCAACUUCCUAGGGACCUUGGCAGUGUUGCCAGGGAACAUUGUGUCUGCUCUCCUGAUGGACAGAAUCGGGCGCCUAACGAUGCUAGGUGGCUCUAUGGUGCUUUCAGGGAUCAGCUGCUUUUUCCUUUGGUUUGGCACCAGCGAAUCCAGGAUGAUAGGCAUGCUGUGUCUGUACAACGGAUUGACCAUCUCAGCCUGGAACUCUCUCGAUGUGGUCACUGUAGAACUGUACCCCACAGACCGGAGGGCAACAGGCUUUGGCUUCUUGAAUGCGCUGUGCAAAGCAGCAGCUGUCCUUGGAAACCUCAUAUUUGGCUCUCUGGUCAACAUCACCAAAUCAAUCCCCAUCCUACUGGCCUCCACUGUGCUCGUGUGUGGAGGACUGGUGGGGUUGCGCCUGCCUGACACACGAACCCAGGUCCUGAUGUAAAAGGAAAAAAGCCAUCCAUCCUGUGUUUCUCUCUCCUGCCUUGCGUCAACACUCCUGGCUGACUCAAGGCUUCUGAUUUUUCAGAUCUAGGAAGGUGGUCAAAUACCAGAACCAGUGACUCUUGCUGUGACUAAAAUUUAGAUGCAUAACGUCUUGCCCCUUAAAUGUGAUUUUGCACAGGUUUUUUUCCAUGCAUUGUUAUCCUUCCCAGCUGUGAUCCUGCUGCCUCCCAAAAAUCAGUGGAAGCAUUUUUAAGUGUCCUAGUCAGCCAGGCCUCCCUGAGCUGCUGGGUACUGAAGGUUUAGAAGCCAAGAAGAGGACUGUGUUGCCGUAAGGACUAGAUCCUGCUCGUCGUUCAACAUUCACAGGAAAUAUAAGUUGGCAUUUUAUUGCAUUUGUGCUGAGGAAAGGGAUUUUUUUUUUUCAGAGUGAUAUUUCCUGUUUACUUAGAAAAGGACACCCAGCAAUUCUCACUGUGACAGCAGACAUUUCAAAGAAAACCCUGUGGUACCAAACAGAGCUGGGUGGAGCUCUCUUCAGGCAGUGACAAUUAAGGUGACUGCUGACCAGAAAAAUAAGGGCUCUGCGGCAACGAUCCGAGUGGGGUGCGGGAGCAAGAUUGCUGCCAGAAAGCCCGAUGGAACUGCUGAAAAAAUAGGAGGAAAAGGGACCACGGCAGUGUCUAUGAUUUUGGCAGGUGGCCAGAAUGUUAGAGAAUCAGAGACCAGAGACAGAGAGCUCUGCCUGCGUUUACCUCCCGCCCCCACCCCCAGUGGCCAUUGAUCUUGCCAGAUAGCAGAUUCAGGGGAAAAAAGUCACUUCUUAAAAACUGGGUCUGCCUACCCGAUUUUUCCAUUCAUCCAAACGACCUCCCCUCGAAAGUACCACUUUCCUGAGCGACAGUGCCCCCAGGUAGCUGACACGGGACUUGCCCUGAAGCGGCCUCGUUCCUGUAACUUCCACUGGGCUGAUGCACUGGUCAUUGUGUUCCUGGCUGCUGGCUCUGUGGAAGCACAGCCUGCUGCGUGCCGAGGGGCCCUCUGGCAACAAGGGCAGCAUCUCCUGCUGUAGUUUGGCUGCUCCUUUUACCUCUGGAAUCUGGCCUGAGAGAGAGAGGUCAGCGCAGGACAUUCCCAUGGACAGUCAGCUCGGUGACCUUCUCACCCCCCUCGUCUGCCCUGGCUGCAAGCUCGUCCUUUUCACUCGUCUUUGAAAUCUGAAGCCUCUUCAAGUAGAAUUGCAGCAAUGACCAGCAGCCAAGAAUAAAUCCCAUAUUAAAACAAUAUUCCUUUUUUCAGCGCCCUCUGUGUUGUUAGAGGGUUAUCCUCGUUCCUUAUUAUAGGCAUUUCCAGCAGGCUACAGCCCUGAGGCCUCUGGGAAAGGAGAGCCUUUGUUUCUAAUAGCCAUUACCUUCAAAGUUGUCUUAACCCCCGAGGCCUCUCUGCUGCCACUCCCCUCCCUAAUGACCCUCAUAGAGCUCUAGAGGCAGAGUCAGGCCCUGGGAAAGGCUUCUUUCAUUAACAAAAGCCACACAUCGACCCACCUUGCGGUAGUUUAGGUCUGUAAGGGGGGCAGCCUGGUGUUGGGGGCUGGAGGAAGAGGGUGGUUCCCUGGGGACACAGGCUCAGGGGAACUCAAACCCAAAACUGCAAAGGGGGCAGAAGAAGGAGAAUCAAUUAAAACUAGAUGAGGUCUAUUAGACCGAUAUCAACAAAGGAGGGAAAGAAACUGAAUUUACCCUCACUCCUGCCUCACGUAAUGUUAUUGGAGAACAAAGCAGUCAAACAACCCAAGAGAGCACCUUGAAUGGUUCUUCCAUAUGAUUUAUUUCCCCACCUACCUACCCCUUGAUUUACCUUCCUAGGAAAGGCAUAUCUGGGGACCUGAGCAGGUUGUUGUAGUUGAAUGUAGCAUGAGCAGUAAUAACUAAGGUGUGUAUCUCCAUCAACCCAUUCAAAAGAAAAAUAGGAAUGUACAUGCUGCUGCUGUCUCUAGUCUUCUGUGAUAGUUCAGCUUGCUUACUGGGCCAUCUUUACUUUUAAAUGUCUGUUGUAGCUCUAAAUGCAUAAAGUAUCUCCCAAGCUGCAAAGAAGUUCUACAGAAUUUAUUGUAACUCUAGGUUGGGUCUGAAUAGGAUUAACCAGCAGAACCCCACUUCAUGAAACCUGCCACCAUGCAUCCCCUUCAGAAGGACCUUUCUCGGCCUUCCUGUCACCAAAUCCAAGCCUCCCAGGUGGGCCAAGAGGGGUCUAUUCUAAUCUGGACAGCCUGGUCACAAACCUUUGGU